ACCGAUGCCACCUGUUUCAGAGGCUCUCUGGAAAGAUCAGACCGCAAAUGUCAAUCAACCGCCUACACCUUCAUCUAGAAUGCUUUUGUCACGUUGAAAGAUAAAAAGAUAUAUCAAAUACCCAAAUUGUUUUUUCAAUAAACAAAAUAGUAAAAUCGGAAUUGUUUGAUAUUACUAUUUUAAGGAUAACUUUACUCAAGUCUCAAAACAUGCAUAAGCUGGUGAAGGUGAAGCAAAAGCCAAAUAAAAAACCACCAAGUUCAUAAGUACACCCACUCACUUUCUUCCACUUAAAAGAGCUCGUUUAUGUUAUGAAACACGUGUAACAAUUGAACUCAAACACCAUAUCUCGUUAUCAAUUUAUCAUCCCUCUCAAUUCUCAAAUUCUCUCACUCUCACUCUUCUCUUUGCUUUGCUCACAUGAUCCACAAAUGUUGCUCUCACCGCUUCUUCUUCUUCUUCAUCUAUCUUUCUCAAUCCCACCGUCCUUCUCUCAGUCGUUCUUCUAUAAUGGUUUCAAAAACUGCGAUUCCACCAACAUAACCAUGAACGGAGUUGCAGAGAUCACCGACGAUGGUAUUCUCAGGCUUACGGAUGUCCGCUCUCGUUUGAUUGGCCGGGGGUUUUACCCUGAUCCGAUUCGUUUCAAGAGCCCGACAACGGGGACGUCUCUCUCUUUCUCCACUUCUUUCGUCUUCGCCGUCGUCCCCAAGUACAGACAGCUCGGGGGUCAUGGCUUAGCUUUUACAAUCUCUCCGACCAAAGACCUCGUCGGAGCUCAACCCAGUCAAUACCUCGGCCUCCUUAAUUGCAGCCUCAAUGGGAAUUCAUCUAAUCACCUCUUUGCGGUAGAAUUUGACACCGUUCAAGAUUACGAAUUCGUUGAUAUCGAUGAUAAUCACGUCGGUGUUAACAUUAAUCGUAUGAGAUCGGUGAAUUCGACCAGAGCUGGGUUUUUUGUUGAUGGGGAUUCAACAAAACAGGAGAUUUGUUUACAUAGUGGGAAAAAGAUUCAAGCUUGGAUCGAUUAUGAUGCUGAUAUACCCCAAUUGAAUAUCACUCUUUCCAUAUAUUCAAAAAAACCCAGUACGCCGAUCUUAUCUCUCCCGGUGGACUUGUCGCCGGUUUUUCAAGAUUUUAUGUACGUUGGGUUUUCUGCUUCAACGGGUCUUCUUGCUAGCUCCCAUUAUGUCUUCGGAUGGAGCUUCAACAUGACCGGAAAAGCAAAAUCGUUAAAUCUUCAUUGCCUCCCUUCACUUCCACCAUUUAAAAAGAAUAAAAGAGGUUUCAUAAUUGGGCUUUCUGUUUCGGUAAUAUUAGCUUUUUUCAUCAUCGCGACCGGCGGUGCUGUUUAUGUUUUCAAACAAUUCAAUCACGUAGACAUGGUUGAAGAUUGGGAGCUUGAUGUGGGCCCACAAAAGUAUUCUUACAAGGAUUUGAAGGAUUCUACAAAGGGUUUUCACGAGAAAGAAAUGCUCGGAUAUGGUGGAUCCGGUAAGGUUUACAAAGGGGUUUUGCCUAAUUCGACUACCCAAAUCGCACUGAAGCGAAUUCUGAAGGAAUCAAAACAUGGGCAGAAGGAAUUCGCGUCGGAGAUUUCAACAAUUGGCCGGCUCCGGCACCGGAAUCUUGUUCAGUUGUUGGGUUGGAGUAGAAGAAAAGGUGAGUUUUUGCUGAUUUAUGAUUUCAUGUCAAAUGGCAGUUUAGAUAAUUAUAUUUUCAACAACCCAAAAACGAUAUUGAGUUGGGAACAAAGAUUCAAAAUCAUAAACGAUGUAUCAAACGGUUUGCUGUAUCUUCACGAGGGUUGGGAACAAACUGUGCUCCACAGAGACAUUAAAGCCGGAAAUGUGUUAUUAGAUUCGGAGUUAAAUGGCCGUUUAGGCGACUUCGGGUUGGCUAAGUUAUACGACCAUGGUUCGCACCCCACCACCACCAAAGUGGUCGGUACACUGGGUUACAUGGCUCCUGAGUUGACUCGAACCGGGAAGCCCACCACGAGUUCCGAUGUGUUUGCUUUUGGAGCUCUGUUGUUAGAGGUUGUAUGUGGCCGGAGACCCAUUGAACUCAAAGCCUCACCGGAGGAGCUCAUUUUGGUGGAUUGGGUGAUGGAUAAGUGGCGAGAAGGGAGGUUACUUGAGGUGGUGGAUUCAAGGUUGAAAGGAGAGUUCGAUAAAGUCGAGGUUAUGAUGGUGUUGAAGCUUGGGUUAAUGUGUUCUAGUGAUGAGCCAUCAUUCAGGCCGAGUAUGAGGCAGGUGAUUAGGUACUUGGAGGGAGAGGUACCCUUGCCGGAGAUUUUAGCUCCGCCGAGUGAGAAAGGUGGUUUUGUGGUGGGGUUUGAUGAUUUUGCAGCUUCCUUAAAGAAAAUGGAUACUUGGUCGGUUGGAUACAGAGAAGGGGAUGCUGAUCUUGAAGCUGGUUCUGGUUUACCGGAGUUGGUUUCCGGCUAGCACAUCUGCAGCAAAUGUUUAAAUGAAGAUUAGACCACCGUCUAGUUUGUCUAGAGAAUGUAUAGCUUGUAACCUUUUCUCUUACUUUUUUAAAGCUUUCUAAUUUUUGGUCAACCAAUUGGAAAGCUUUUUAUCAAUGGAAAGUGGAAACAAGAUACAUGUACAA